AUGCCCAAUUUGUCUGCUCCUCGUGAUAUACCCCGAGGAGCCGUGCUCCAUAAUUCGCUCAAGGAGCGGCUCGACAAGGUCGAUAGCUACAAGCCCCUCAACAACCACGGUUCAGGUGGCGAUGCUUGCCUGUGGACUGUGAAGGAUAAGAAGGUCGCCGUCGACAUGAGAGAGGUGACGUACCAUCGUUGCGGCCCGGAUGGUGAGAUCAAGGAUCCUGACUGGGAUGAACGACAUAAGAUUUAG